GCUUCUUCAUGUUGCUAGUUCACUACCCCCCUUAAACCCCCCUCUUCUCUGGGCUAUAUGUGGCAUUUUGAAGCUCUGACAAUCUGCUCCAAAUGUUUUCCAUAUUUGUUCAGUCUCCUUGAUUCAAAUACCAGGAAAAACUCAGCCAGCACAAAGCCAGGCUUCAGGGGGAAAAAAAACUCCACACACCCAUCAGAAAAAAAGUUCAUCAACAUGGGAAAAGAGGAGAAGACAUCCCAGCAUAACACAUCCCUUAAUAACCAGAAUCAGACAGGGAAGGCACCUGGAGGGGAGGAAAGCACCGAUCCAGCCAAGAAGCAAGAGCCAGCAAUGAAGAAGGACAAAGCCAAGGGGGAUCCCAAAACGGGCCAGGAGGAGGAAUCCCACACUUGUUGUGGCUGCCGUUUCCCGCUGCUGCUUUCAUUGUUGCAGCUGGUGUUAGGCAUCUCUAUAACAGUGCUGGGCUUCAUUAUGGCAGGCAUCAGCUCUUCUUUUCUAGUCAGAGACACUCCAUAUUGGGCUGGGAUAAUUAUUUGCAUGGUGUCCUUAGUUGGACUUGUUACGCUUUGCAUUUCAUACCAACCUGAUGAGAAGACAUGUAUGCAAUUUGCUGCAAAGCUGAUGUACUUUCUCCUCAGCACCACGGGUCUGAUCACCUGUGUUUUGGCAGUGGCUUUUGCUGCACAUCAUUAUUUACAAAUUACACAGUUUACCUGUGAUACCAUCCUCAAUACCUGCCACUGCAAACUGGACACUUCAGAUCCCCUCAGCAGGACCUUCGUUUACCAAGAUGUAUCUGACUGUACCAGUGUCACCAGCGCUUUCAACCUGUAUUUGCUUCUGCAGAUGGUUCUGAAUCUGAUUGCAGCUAUUGUAUGUUUGGUGGCGUGCUUUGUGAUGUGGAAACACAGAUACCAGGUCUUUUAUGUGGGCACUCGAUCAUACUCAUUAACUUCUACUGAAAUCCAGCAACAGAAAGUGUAGGGUUUUUGUGAAGAGGGAAUGAAAAGGUUCAGUUUGGUACCACGUAGACACCACAAGUGGGUUAAUGUUUAU